AAAGGGACAGUAGCAUCCCAGCACCAGAGAGAGCAGCCACCUUUCUCUCAGCUAUCUUGCCUGUGUGCUACAGAUCCUACUGCUGAAGCUCUUGUUGAACCACCUGACGGAAUAUGAAGAACCUAGAAAAGAAGAAAGAAUGCCCCAAGAUCAACAUUGUGGAGAGUGGGGGAACUCACUCGAGCAAUUUGGCACACAUAAGGAGCCACCUGAGAAGGAUACUAAAAAAGUUGAUUCUGCUCAAGAUGCUCAAGAGCCAGAAGAAUCGCAGAAUCCAGUGGCUCUGUGACUUAGCCCACAAAUACCAGAAGAUGCUAGCACUUGGGGGCCCUCUGGACAUCCCAAUUUCCCCCUCAGGGAUGAAUGUCACCUCCGAGAAGCCUCCCAAUCCUGACGCAGACAUGGUUAGUGAGCCUGUCAUGGAUGUUGACGAGGUUACUCUUGACAAGGAGAUUGAUGCCAGUGCCACGUCUGAGCCACCCCUAGAGUCCACGUCUUCAGAACUGUACAAGGCUCUCUGCUUGAAAGGCCUGCCUCAGCGGCUUCACAUGCCUGCACCCAAGAUGCUCUGUAGACCAUCAACUUUGAGAUGGACCAAGCCUUGCUGCACCCGAUCAUGUUACGAGACUCUGGAGCACAUCUUCACUAUCCACUACUCAGAGUGUCCAGAUGCGCGUCCUAAACAAGACUGAUUGGACUGAUACUCAUUUCAGACAUUCUGAAGAUAUUGAGAGGAGCCUUGAAGCCAUAGAUCUAUUCAGUGUCCUAUUGUCUCAUAUUCCUUUGCAAUAAAGGGGAUAUUGAGCAUCCUUGGACUAAAACUUG